UGGUAUCAUUUAUACAUUUACAUAUUCAAAUGAUGUCAUAUUGUUUGUAUCCCAAGAUCAUGAAACUUGUAAUUUAUCAACUGCCAGGUUCCAUUGGGAAGCACCAUGCACCCGAACGAAUUGCAGUGGCUUGCAUGUGGGCCCAAUGUUCAAGUUAGCCGCUAUACAUCUUACAACGUAAAUGGAUUUAAAUUCAGAACCCUCUCGAGAGAGGAAGGGUUGAAAACCCAAAAUAGUGGGGUGUAUGUCACUUCUGACACUAGGAGUUAUGCAAGCAAGCGCGACAGUAAUGUUGCUGUUGGUGGCGUCUCGUAUUACGAAAAACUAGUGGACAUCAUUGAGUUAAAUUACAGCGGUCAAUUCACAGUCGUCUUGUUUAAAUGUAUCUGAGCAAACACCACCUCUGGCAGAGGCAUAAAACAAGACUCUAUGGGGCACACAGUGGUUAACUUCUCUCAUCCAAUUCAUACCGGUGAUCAGGAAGAUGACGAACCGUACAUUCUUGCAUCCGAGGCUCACCUUGUAUACUAUGUGGAGGAUGAUGCUGAUAAAGAAUGGAGUGUGGUAAUCCAUGUGAACCCAAGGGACAUGUUUGAAAUGGGUGAAGACAUAGGAUAGUGUCAGUUCGAACUUUCUCCCCAACCGACUCUACCUGGCUUGGCUGAGUUUGACGUCGAAGGUUUGUCAUUGAGACGGGACGACGAUUUAGAGGAACCAACCACUGAUGCCAUCGAUAAUUGCGAAGAGGCUGCCUAUGUAUAGAUGUCUUUAGAUACUAAUUUAGGACAUGUGCAAUAUUAUUCUGUGCAUAGCACUGUUGAGGGUUAUAAACUUGCAUAAUUAUUAAUUAGCAACGAGCAUACAAUAGAUAUUAGACCAUGGAAACACUUGAUGUAUACUGCUCAUUAUUUACAAUUAAUCCACCUGGAGAUUGUGAUUUUAUUAUCAUAUUUUGUCCUGAAGUUAUGUAAUUUGGUAGCAUGUUACUAGAUUGUAAUUGACGUUGUAUUAUGACUGACAUGAUCGAAGUUACCAGGGAAAUUGGAAGAGAUGGACCUUUUUCUUUGUGCCUCUAGAAUCUUAUUUUGCAAGGUGAUGAUUGAAGCCUCCUCGUUCUCUUCGCUAGAGCACGCAACAUCAUUCGCAAGAGAACCGUGGUUCAACAUGUUGCCAAUUCAGUCUUGGCUGAAUACAUUCUCAGCACACAGGCACAUAGGUGAUGAUGUUACUAUUGCGCAUGGAGAUAUUAGGACGGGAUUGCUUCAAUUCGCAACAAAGUACCGCAAGAAAUUCGGCUUCGGGUUCGUCACUAGCACGAACCUGUUCCUUUUGCAACAAAUGCUGGAGGAGGUGCAGGCACGCUAUCAGAAUAGUCUGCAGGUUAAACUUGAUAUUGCAUCUCGGGAGGAAUUCACUCUUAUAGAAAGAGGUCUUACGAAACUUUAGAAACGUUUGGCUCGGGAAAAGACUCAAGAAGUACCGGAAGAGACAGGCAAGAUAGUUCAAGAUUCAAUGUUCGAAGAAGACGUUAUGCUAGAUAGUUCUGAUGAGGUUGUCUCUAAAGGACAACAACCUUCCAUCAUAACCUUUGACCUCAAUAAAACUCCAGAGGAGAAUGAUAUCUGUUGACUCAACGCUUUAUUAUUAGUCUGGCUUAUCUUAUGAAAUAUUGGGACUAAAUUGAACAAUGUGACUGUUUGUGUUUUUUCCUUUGGAUAUUGAAUUUGAUGAAGUAGCUAUGAAUUUGGAGGAGAUUAAUCUCAAAUUAGUAUAUAAUUCUUGAAUUAAUUUAUAUUGUGACUUGUUGGAUUAAUGGUUCGUA